AUGAUAUCGGGGCAGAAUCACACCGCAGUGACAAGAUUCAUCCUGCUGGGCCUCACAGACCAGGCUGACCAAAAACAACUCCUCUUUGCCGUCUUCCUGAUGAUGUGCACUGUGACACUGGUGGGCAACCUGGGCAUGAUAGACCUGAUCCGUGCCAGCUCCGCCCUCCACACCCCCAUGUACUUUCUUCUGAGCGUGCUCUCCUUCCUGGACACCUGCAAUUCCUCCGUGUUCACCCGGCUGCUGAUCAGCAUCCUCACCACGGACCGGUCCAUCUCGUUUACAGGCUGUGUGGUCCAGAUGGCCUCCAUGAUCCUCCACAGCACAGGGGACCUGCUCUUGGCCAUAAUGGCCUAUGAUCGAUUUGUGGCCAUCUGCCACCCUCUCCUCUACCACGCCAUCAUGUCUAAGCGCUUGUGCAUCCAGCUGGUAAUGGUCACCUACACUGUGGGGGUGUUCGUUUCAGCUCCGCAGACAAGGAAUGCCUUCAUCUUGCCCUACUGUGGUCCCAACGUCAUUGAUCGUUUCUUCUGUGACAUCCCCCCGGUCUCAGCCGUCUUGAUCUCUUAUGCCUUCAUCCUGGUCACAAUCUGUAGGAUGAGGUCCCUGGAGGCCCAGCGCAAAGCUUUCUCCACUUGUGCCUCCCACCUCACUGCCCUCUCCCUCUUCUACGGGACUGUGUUCUUUGUCUAUGUCCAACCCAACCCUGGAAGUGCUGCAGCCUAUAACAAGGGCCUCUCUGUGUUCUACACCAUUGUGAUCCCCAUGCUGAACCCCCUGGUCUACAGCUUAAGGAAUAAAGAUGUCGAGGCUGCUGCCCAGCAGUCACUGGGAAAUCACAAGCCCCCCGAUACAGCCCAGACCUAUCAGGUAAUGAAGCCGCCUCCUGGGCCCCCAAGUCACACUCCCAAAUGUCCUUCUCUUUCCCCGUGA